AUGAAGGCCUUUAUCGCUGUCUGCCUGCUGGCGGUGGUCGCCGCCGACCAGAAGGUGCGCCCGGAGGGCUCCGGACGGCCGCAGUCCGGCGGCAGGGGCGGCUACAGCGUCUCCCCGGGCGGCUUCAAGACGCCGGUCGGCAGCAGUGACUACGAGGUCGAGGAGUACCAGUACCGGCCGUCUCCGUACGCCUUCGACUACGCCGUCCGCAACGCCGAGACGGGCGCCGAGUACGCCGCCAACGAGAACAGCGACGGUACCCAGACCACCGGCUUCUACACGGUGGCGCUGCCCGACGGCCGCAUCCAGACCGUCAAGUACACGGUCGACGAGUCGGGCGGCUUCAACGCCGAGGUGUCCUACGAGGGCGAGGCGACCUACCCGGAGCCGAGCGAGUACGAGGUGCAGCCGACCGGUCGCAAACAGGGCCCCAUCCGCGACUACAAGCCGGUGGCCAAGGUGCCGGCCUCGUACCGCAACGGACCCGUCUACAGGUCCAACGUCGCGAAAACGGCCGCCUAUGAGGAAUAG